CAGUCAGAGCUGCGCGCGGACCGUUUAGAACACCACAGCGCGCGCCUGCCUCGGAAGCAGCCGGCCACGCCCCCUCGGUGGCGAGUGGAAAAUUACCAGCUUACAAUCAGCACCCAGCGCGAGCUCUGCGCCCCGUGAGCGGAGGCCUGAUCCCCGCCUGCGCAGCUCGUCUCCGCUAACGGCCCGACUCUCACACGACUCUCACACGACUCUCACACUGACUGGGAGGAUUUUAAAAUAGUCCCGAGUCGAUAUAAAUUACUGCUCAAGUUAUCUGAGCGCUCCUGAUUCCCCUUGGCGUCGAAUUAUAACAAAAAUAAUCAAAAUUAUAUCAGCAACGAAUUCAAUUAAAAGCUAAUACUCUUCGUUAAAAAAUAUUCAGCGAAUUUAAAAGUCCACUCUGCGCCGAGUCCGCCUGAUCUUUUUCUCUUCACAAGGGCGGAGCUGCUCGUGUUGGGGGGCCGUUUCGAAAAAAGAAGACUGAGAUUUGAUUGACAGGCGUUUACUCGUAUGGGACGUCAGCGCGGGCGUCCUUGCAGUCAUUUGAGCCAAUAGCGUGGCAGGAAGGGCGUGACGUUAAUCCAAACUUUUUCGCGGCGCCGACGGCUGAAAACUAAACCGAGAUGGAAUCUCCCAGUCUGAACCGGUUUCAACCGGUUAUGAGUUUGUUGCUUGUGAGGAGUAGAAGAAGAAGGAGAAGGCACAGACAGAUAGACAGACUCACGGUCUCUCUCACACUCUGUCUUCUGCAAAGAAAACAAUAUAUACAUGAAGUAAAAGACAAGAUUUGUUGAUCGAAGUUGAAGGUUACGUUUAUUUCGUAAAAUGACUCGGGUGGAGGAGACACCUACCGUCCUACCGGAGCUCUGCCGUGAUUGUGAAUGAGGGAGUGAGCGCGCGCUGCAGUGGUCCUCUUAUUAAAAUAAUAAUAAUAAUAAUUAAAAGUAAUAUGUAUAUAUAUUAGCGGAAGGAGCUAGCAUAACGUUUUCCUCCUCCUAGCGGGCCAGUCAGCGAAUUAAUUCAUUCAACCUUCAGCGGUUCUGGAGCUAGUUGAGGUGGAAUAAAGGGGGUUUAGCAACUCUGGCAGAAAAAGCAGACCUUUCUUUCAAAGGCUUGGACUUUCGAGCUCUAUGCCAGCAGUUAUGACAAUGUUAGCUGACCACGCAGCCAGACAGCUGCUGGACUUCAACCAGAAAUUGGACAUUAAUCUCCUGGAUAACGUGGUUAACUGCUUGUACCAUGGAGUGGGACCGCAGCAAAGAAUGGCCCAGGAGGUCCUCACACAUUUAAAGGAGCACCCGGAUGCGUGGACGCGAGUGGACACCAUCCUGGAAUUCUCCCAGAACAUGAACACCAAAUACUAUGCUCUGCAGAUUCUGGAAACGGUGAUUAAAACAAGGUGGAAGAUUCUGCCCAGGAACCAGUGUGAAGGAAUAAAAAAAUAUGUUGUGGGCCUCAUUAUCAAGACAUCUUCUGACGCAGCCAGUGUGGAGAAGGAGAAGGUGUACAUUGGAAAACUUAAUAUGAUUUUAGUUCAGAUCCUGAAGCAGGAGUGGCCCAAGCAUUGGCCCACGUUUAUCAGUGACAUUGUGGGUGCGAGCCGCACCAGCGAGAGCCUCUGCCAGAACAACAUGAUCAUCCUGAAGCUGCUCAGUGAGGAGGUAUUCGAUUUCUCCAGUGGACAGAUGACCCAGGUCAAAGCCAAACACCUGAAGGACAGUAUGUGUAAUGAGUUCUCGCAGAUCUUUCAGCUUUGCCAGUUUGUGAUGGAAAACUCACAGAAUGCUCCUUUGGUACACGCCACCUUAGAAACGCUGCUCCGGUUUCUCAAUUGGAUCCCACUGGGCUACAUCUUUGAGACCAAACUCAUCAGUACUCUAGUGUACAAGUUCCUGAAUGUUCCAAUGUUUCGGAAUGUGACACUAAAGUGUCUGACUGAGAUUGCAGGUGUGAGUGUGAGCCAGUAUGAGGAGCAAUUUGUCACACUGUUCACUCUCACUAUGAUGCAACUCAAACAGAUGCUGCCUCUGAACACAAACAUCCGUCUAGCGUACGCCAACGGGAAGGAUGAUGAGCAGAACUUCAUCCAGAACCUGAGCCUGUUCCUCUGCACCUUUCUGAAAGAGCACGGCCAGCUCAUCGAGAAAAGACUCAACCUGCGUGAGACCCUUAUGGAGGCUCUGCACUACAUGCUCCUGGUGUCUGAGGUGGAGGAGACUGAGAUCUUUAAGAUCUGUCUGGAGUACUGGAACCACCUGGCGGCAGAGCUGUACAGAGAGUCUCCGUUCAGCACCUCCACCUCUCCACUGCUCUCUGGCAGCCAGCACUUUGAUGUUCCACCACGUAGGCAGCUCUAUCUGCCUGUACUCUCCAAGGUGCGUCUGCUGAUGGUGAGCCGGAUGGCAAAACCGGAGGAGGUGCUGGUGGUGGAAAACGACCAGGGUGAAGUGGUGCGGGAGUUCAUGAAGGACACAGACUCUAUCAACCUCUACAAGAACAUGAGAGAGACACUUGUGUAUCUGACCCAUCUGGACUAUGCAGAUACAGAGCGGAUCAUGACAGAAAAGCUUCAUAACCAGGUCAAUGGGACGGAGUGGUCCUGGAAGAACCUGAACACGCUGUGCUGGGCCAUCGGCUCCAUCAGCGGAGCCAUGCAUGAGGAGGACGAGAAGCGAUUCCUCGUCACUGUCAUUAAGGACUUGCUGGGACUGUGUGAGCAGAAGCGAGGAAAGGAUAACAAGGCCAUCAUUGCCUCAAACAUUAUGUACAUUGUUGGCCAGUACCCACGAUUCCUGCGUGCACAUUGGAAGUUCCUCAAGACUGUAGUCAACAAACUCUUUGAGUUUAUGCAUGAGACCCAUGAUGGGGUGCAAGACAUGGCAUGCGACACGUUCAUUAAAAUUGCACAGAAAUGCAGGAGGCAUUUUGUGCAGGUGCAGGUCGGAGAGGUCAUGCCCUUCAUUGAUGAGAUCCUCAACAAUAUCAACACCAUCAUCUGUGACCUGCAGCCACAGCAGGUUCAUACAUUCUAUGAGGCAGUGGGCUACAUGAUUGGUGCUCAGACAGACCAGGCUGUACAGGAGCAUCUGAUAGAGAAGUACAUGCUGCUACCCAACCAGGUGUGGGACAGCAUCAUCCAACAGGCCACAAAGAAUGUGGAUAUCCUGAAGGACCCAGAGACUGUGAAACAGCUGGGAAGCAUCCUGAAGACCAAUGUAAGGGCAUGCAAGGCUGUGGGUCACCCGUUCGUCAUUCAGCUGGGACGCAUCUACCUGGAUAUGCUCAAUGUCUAUAAGUGCCUCAGUGAGAACAUCUCUGCAGCUAUCCAGACCAACGGUGAGAUGGUGACGAAACAGCCUCUAAUCAGAAGCAUGCGCACGGUGAAGAGAGAAACUCUUAAACUCAUCUCAGGCUGGGUCAGCCGUUCCAAUGACCCACAGAUGGUCGGGGAGAACUUUGUUCCACCUUUACUGGACGCCGUCCUGAUAGAUUACCAGCGGAACGUUCCAGCAGCCAGAGAGCCGGAAGUGCUCAGCACCAUGGCGACCAUCGUAAACAAAUUGGGCGGCCACAUCACAACUGAGAUUCCGCAGAUCUUCGAUGCUGUCUUUGAAUGCACGCUGAACAUGAUCAACAAAGAUUUUGAGGAGUAUCCAGAGCACCGCACACACUUCUUCUACCUGCUGCAGGCAGUGAAUUCCCACUGCUUCCCAGCCUUCCUCGCCAUUCCCCCAGCACAGUUCAAACUGGUGCUGGACUCCAUCAUCUGGGCCUUUAAGCACACCAUGAGAAAUGUGGCUGACACUGGUCUGCAGAUUCUCUAUACGUUGCUGCAGAAUGUGGCCCAAGAGGAGGCAGCAGCUCAGAGCUUCUACCAGACAUACUUCUGCGACAUACUGCAGCAUAUCUUCUCUGUAGUUACGGACACAUCACACACAGCCGGUCUGACGAUGCACGCGUCUAUCCUGGCUUACAUGUUUAACUUGGUAGAGGAAGGUAAGAUCAGUAUGACCUUGAACACUGCAAACCCCAUGAGCAAUCAGGCCUUCAUCCAGGAGUACGUGGCCAAUUUGCUCAAGACGGCUUUCCCUCAUCUGCAAGAUGCACAGGUGAAGGUGUUUGUGACAGGGCUGUUCAGUCUGAAUCAGGACAUCCCUGCAUUUAAAGAGCAUUUGAGAGACUUCCUGGUGCAGAUCAAGGAGUUUGCAGGUGAGGACACAACAGAUUUGUUCCUCGAGGAGCGUGAGGCAUCUCUGCGCCAGGCCCAGGAGGAGAAGCACAAGCUGCAGAUGUCCGUCCCUGGAAUCCUCAACCCUCAUGAGAUCCCUGAGGAGAUGUGCGACUGAACACACACACACACACGCGCGCACGCACACAGCAUGCAUGUAUGUGUAUAUACAUGCAUCAUGCUGGCAUUUAAACACAUCGCUAAAGACAGCAGUAUCUGGUUUUGGGGCCACUGGGGGUGGGGUGGGGGGUGUUGUAAGGUGUGUGUGGAGUGUAUGUAGGUGUGAGGGUUGAGUGUGUGUACAUGUGAGGGUUGAGUGUGUAAGCGCACGUGAGGGUUGAGCGUGUAAGCGCACGUGAGGGUUGAGUGUGUAAGCGCACGUGAGGGUUGAGUGUGUAAGCGCACGUGAGGGUUGCGUGUGUAAGCGCACGUGAGGGUUGCGUGUGUAAGCGCAUGUGAGGUUUGAGUGUGUGUGCACGUGAGGGUUGAGUGUGUGUGUGCACACGAGGGUUGAGUGUGUGUGCGUACAUGAGGGUUGAGUGUGUGUGUGCACGUGAUGGUUGAGUGUGUGUGCGCACGUGAGGGUUGAGUAUGUGUGUGUGCACGUGAGGGUGUGUGUGUGCACGUGAGGGGGGGGUGUGUGCACGUGAGGGUUGUGUGUGUGUGUGCGCGCACGUGAGGGUUGAGUGUGUGUGUGUCUGUGAGGGUUAAGUGUGUGUGCAUCUGUGAGGGUUGAGUGUGCGCGCACAUGUGAGGGUUGAGUGUGUGCGUGCAUCUGUGAGGGUUGAGUGUGCACACAUGUUAGGGUUGAGUGUGCGCUCGUACCUGUGAGGGUUGAGUGUGUGCGUUCGCACCUGUGAGGGUUGAGUGUGUGCGUUCGCACCUGUGAGGGUUGAGUGUGUGCACUCGCAUCUGUGAGGGUUGAGUGUAUGUGCUCGCACCUGUGAGGGUUGAGUGUGCGCUCGUACCUGUGAGGGUUGAGUGUGCGCUCGUAUCUGUGAGGGUUGAGUGUGUGCACUCGCACCUGUGAGGGUUUAGUGUGUGCGUUCGCACCUGUGAGGGUUGAGUGUGCGCUCGUAC